AUGUCUUCUGUUAAAUGUACUGAUUGUAACUUUGUUGCCAAAUCGAGUCAAGGUCUUGGAGUGCAUCGAUCAAAAAAACAUAUUGCUACUGACUCGCUGUCCAUGAAUGUUGUCUCUGUCUCCGUUGUACGUGAAUAUCCCGAGAGAAGAAGUUUUUAUUGUUGUUUGUGUGAUUCCAUUGUAUUGAAUUAUCAACACCUUACCCGCCACUUUAAGAAGCUCCAUCCUGACAUUAAGAUCAUAUCGUCAGCCCGUUGUUCUGUAUGUGGUAAAGAGUUCUCCAGUCAAGGUGCCGGAGUCCACAUUGCGCGGUCUAUUUGUGGUCGGAGUAAAUUACCAGCUGUUGAUGAUCCGAUAAUGACCACUGCAACGUAUCGUGAUGACGAUUCGACUACCAAUAUAACGGAUUUACAUAUUAACAACACCCCCUCCCCAUCCCAAUCCCCACCCUCACAGUCACUUACCUCUCUUGAUUCAGUGGUCGCCCUUAGCGGUUGUACUGCCGAUGAGAGAGUCCCUUCCACCCUCCCCUCAUCGGAUAAUACUCCUGUAGAUAUCACCUCUACGGUCGUCUUAAAUGAUUGCACUGCUGAAGAUACCUCUACGCCACCAUCUGCGACUCUGGAGGAUUUAUCCAUUGAGGAUGACAACGAUCCCUUUAACAUUCCCCGACCCUUAUUCCUUGAUAGUUAUUUCCAAUCAACUUCACUUAACCCCUCAGCUACCGCUUUUCACCCUACCUCACCCCCAACCAACCGUAUUAAUACGAAACCCACACCCAUUCCUGUUUAUCCCUCUACACCCGUUUCGAUUCCAUCUGAUAUCGGCUCCUCUUCAUCAAGUAUUCCACCACCCCUCUCUAGUCCUGUUCAGUCCAGUAAUCCCAACACCUCCAUCCCUUCCCAUCUACCAAUUCUUGAAGCAGUGGUCAUCUUAAGUGAUUGUACUGCUGUGAAUAGUAAUGCUCCUUCAUUCACUCUUCCCCGUUUAACCAACCCUUCCCCUCCUCCUAAUUCCUCCCCUCCUCAGUCAAGCCGCCCGCACCCUCCGAACCCUAACCAGCAUCGUUCCCCUGAACCAUCGGUCGCCUUAAAUGGUUGUACUGACGGGGAUGGUGUCGGUGGACCCCUCUUCCCUUCCCCAACUACAGCAUCCCAGAACCCCUUCAUUAUCCCUCCUCCACUUGCUGAUACGUCAUUUCUUACACCGACAGCACCACCUUCAUCUCAUUCAGAUAAUGUGAAUAAGCAUCAUGCACAGCCUCCUACCUCUUCUCAUAGCAAUUGUGAUGAGUCGUUCCAGAAUCGCUGGUCAUCCGUUUUCUCUAGUAACUCCACUUGGCAAGAAUUUUCUGAGCAGUGUUAUGAGUUCACUGAAGAUGUAAUUAAAACGAGUAACGACAAACAACCGAAGAAGAAAUCCUAUUCUGCCCGACGACCACAUAGACCAUCUGCUCGGCCAGUUAAUGUCAACAGAGCCCCGCUCCGAUAUAAUCCUCACGAGGCAAAGAAGAUCCAAACAUUGUAUCGUCUCUCGAAAAAACGUGCAGCUAGGAAAGUACUCAACGAUAACUCGCCAUCGUAUUCUGGUUCAACUGAUGAUGCCAACACCUUCUUCACUAAUGUCUUUGGAGAGAAAACGUGUAAUGCAGAGGAAGUGAAACGGGGAUUGGAUGAUUUUGUCCCUUCGGCUCCAAUUGAUGAUCGACUAUACUCCUCCAUUUCUCCGGAUGAAGCGGCCAAAAAACUUCGUUCUCUAUCGAAUUCCGCCCCUGGGUCAGAUAAAGUCGAAUACCGCCACCUCCGUUCUGUAGACCCGAAGUGCAUAAUCCUUUCCACCAUCUUCAACCGGUGCUUGGAGAAUAGAAAUGUUCCUGACCGUUGGAAAACCUCUUCAACCAUCUUGAUACACAAGAAAGGUGACGCAAGUGAUGUAUCUAAUUUCCGUCCGAUAGCCUUGAUGAGCUGUAUUUACAAACUGUUCAUGAGUGUAACCGCUAAUCGUCUCGUAUCAUUUGCGAUCCACAACAACCUCCUUUCCGAUUGUCAGAAGAGUGCUCGUCCAACCGAAGGAUGUUACGAACAUACAUUCAUUUUACAUUCCCUAACAGGUGAUGCGAAACGCCUACAAAAGAAUGUAUUCCUUGCCUGGUUGGACCUGAAAAAUGCGUUCGGUAGUGUUUCACAUGAUGUGAUCAAAAUCACCCUAAAACACCUCGGUAUCCCUGACGGAAUUGUUGACCUUGUGAAUAAUAUCUACACAAAUGCCACAACGGAAGUCAGAACGGCAAAUGGUACCACUCCACCCAUACCAAUUUUGGCCGGUGUUAAGCAAGGAUGUCCUCUAUCACCAAUUCUUUUCAAUCUGUGCAUAGAAAUCAUCCUUCGUUCUGUCAUUGCCAAAGGUCAAUCGAUUGGCCCGGCCAAGCACCACGGUCUGGACAUUUCGGUAUUAGCCUAUGCUGACGAUUUGGUUCUUGUUGCUAGAGAUAAAAGGAAAUUACAACUUCUCCUUGACGCAGCAUCAUCCUCAGCAUCUCUUAUUGGUCUGAAUUUCCGACAGGAUAAAUGUGCAUCCAUUAGCCUAACCUAUUCCAAAAGAUGCGAGAACAACAUUGAACUAAACGACUUUUCCGUUCAAGGCAAAAUUAUGCCAUCUAUGAGUCAAUUCGAGCACUAUAGAUACCUGGGAGUCCCCAUUGGUAUGGUACGUGAAGUAUCAAGCUUGGAAUCCCUUGUUGACGAUUUGUGUGGUGACCUAGAUAAAGUUCAAGAAUCUCUUUUGGCCCCAUGGCAAAAACUUGAUACGAUAAGAACAUUCAUCCAACCUUGUCUUACGUUUGCUCUCCGUGCGGGGGAACCACUUAAGGCAUCGCUGAUUAAAUACCGAAAGAAGCUGGUUGAAGUAGUUAGAUCCAUCCUCAACCUUCCAACUCGUGCUUCCUCCUGUGUAAUCUUUGCUUCACGGAGUGUCGGUGGCCUUGCCUUCCAAGAUCCUUUGGUUGAAGUGGAUGUGCAAACGGUGGUACAGGCAAUCAAGAUGUUGUCAUCAUCAGACCCUUUUGUUUCUUCCAUCGCAAGAUCUGAGUUAUGGUCAGCAGUAAGGUUUGCUGCUCGUGACAACCCUUCUCCUGCUCUGAUUCGCGACUUUCUAUCAGGAUCGAAUAAAGGCAAAUUUAAUCCCAACAACAUCAGAUAUCGUACGCACUCCUUGUGGACUCGUGCCCGUUCAGCGUGUCGUCACCUCAACAUCACAUUCUCCGUUCCUGAGCAUGAUGCACCAGUUGUAGCUACACAAUCAAGCGGUCCGCGACGAGCGAAAGGUGCGUGUUCCUUCCUCCAUCGGGUGACUCAAGAUCGUGCUUCCCGGAAGUUAUUAGACCUACCUGAUCAGGGGAAAGUCGCCCGUGCUUCGGUCAAGGAUGCCUUUGCUAACGGUUCGUCAUGGAUGUUUACUGGGUUAAACAUGAGGUUCAAGGAUUGGCGUUUUGUUCAUCGUGCCCGUUUGAACGUCGUUCCCACCAACAAGAACAAAUCUAAGUGGAGUGAUGAGUUUGAUCCGGAAUGUCGAGU